CAUAAAUUCAAAUUAUAGCGUUUUUAGGACAUCGUAAUUUACACUGUACGUGUGUACAGCCUAAUGGAGAUACGCUUUAUGUUAUAGUUUUUCGAAUUGUUUACAUUUUGAAAAUGUAUCUGCUACAAUGAUAGCAAUGUCAAGCAGGAAGCGUAGACCCAAUUGGACAGACCAGGAGUGUUAUCUUCUUGCUCAGCUAGUCCACGAAAGAAAAGUCAUCAUCAGGGGAAAGUGCAUAACUGGCUUGUAUGAUAAAAGGCAAGCCUGGGAUGAGAUAACCCACACCAUCAACUCAGCCUUUCCACAGAUGCAGCGAACAGUGUCUGACUGCAGCAAAAAGUGGGAAAAUCUCCUGGCCAAGUCAAGGGAAGAGAUUAAGCGACAAAAAAUGCAAACAGGUACAGAUGAUAAUCUGUCCCUGGAUCAGUUCAGCGCUUUGACCCAGAUUGUGAUUUCUGUGAUGAACCCUUCAGUACUUCAACAAGAUGAAGAAGACUCUCAACCCUUUGAGUUGGUUGAAAGUCAACAAAACAGUGGCACUAAAGAUGGAAACAUGUUCACUGGUGAACAAUUUAAAGCUAAGCAUGAGCAGACACAGCUUGAGCUCCCAGCCUAUGCUGGAGAUCAAUCCACGACUGCAGUGGGACAAAAAAGGACCUCUUUUUCUAACAUUUCUAAACAACUCCCAGUGCAGUUUAGCCCUCAUCAUCCUGCAGCCUCUGGUGAACAGUCCAAUUCCAACUGCUUUCCUUGCACACAUGUGGCCCAUUGCACCACUUCGCAAGAAAGGAUGGAUUUGGAAGUGUCUGUACUAAGAAGACAGGAGGCAGUCCUCAAGCUUCAGGAAGAGUAUUAUACACUAAAAAUUCAUCGGCUGAAGAAGCAAAUGGCAGAAUCUCCUCUACAGGACUGAAGUGUUUCCACCUGCUACGUCUGCAUGUGACUGGAUUUUGGACUUUGAUUCAUUGUUUUCUUUGUGGUUGGAGUAGGGAUGCAACUAAUGAAUAAUUAUCAUUUGUUUUUCUAAUGAAAUGAUCAAUUGGAUAUCUAUUCUUCAUUUUCAUUCCUUUUAUUCAAAAGCUGCACAAUACUUCUUAACACUGCUGAAAGUACUUAAAAAAUAAAUUUAUAAUUAUUCCGUUA